GGGGGCAUUAAAUUGAGACACAUGGCUUUCUCGUAUUUAGCCGGCGUGUAAAUUCAGGAACAUCCUACCCCAAAUAUCACCAUGCUUGUCCGAUUUUCAGCCAUCUGUUUUAGAUGUCAUAGUGAAAGAUUAGCUCAGCAAGUGCGCCAGUGUCGUCAGAUGUCAUCGUUCAGAGAUAUCAAAAGAUUUUACAAGAAUGUUAGCGUGACCCAAAAUGAUAGUAUUUUCGAAAUUAAUCUUGAUAAUCGUAAGUUGAAGACACCUAUGGGUAAUAUCUUCACUGUCCCUAAUGAGCCACUAGCUAUUGCCGUGGCAACUGAAUGGGACUCACAAGCCAAAUUAAUACAGAGACAUACCAUGUAUUUGAGUAAUCUAUGCAAUGCAGUACUGGACAAUCCAGCUCAGAAGAACAAAGAAACAAUAAUCAAAACGAUACUUCAUUAUUUGAAAACAGACACUGUCUGUUUUCGAGAAGAAGAACCGCCAGAAUUUUAUGCAUUACAACAAAAAGAAUGGGAUCCAGUGUUAGAAUGGGUCAAUCGAAGAUAUGAAGUCAACAUAGAAAGUACUACUAGCUUAAUGGGGCCAGAAAUAACACAGAAAACACAAGAUAAAUUCAAACAACAUCUUCUGAGUUAUAACAGUUGGGCAAUUGUUGGUUAUGAGUCAGCUGUACAAUGUUUGAAAUCAUUAAUAUUGACGGCUGCAUUGAUUGAUAGGUGUAUCUCAGUGGAUCAGGCAGUUGAUUUGUCAAGGCUAGAAUUCACAUACCAGACACAGAGAUGGGGUCGAGUGGAAUGGUCACAUGAUUUAGAUGAAGCUGACUUGAAAGCAAGGGUUGCAGCGGCUACAUUGUUUGUUCACCUGGCGACAGAGAGUGACAAAGUUGUACAGAAAUUAGACAAAGCCAGUCAAUAACACACAUGUGUUGAGAUUCAUUAAAUGCUGCCUGUAUAGGUUUUAAUUAAAACAAUACCAUAUUUGUUUUUGUGGAUUCGUUUCUGUUAUUAAGAUUCCAAGUUAUACUUCACAAUUCUAUUGUCUUUGUUUUAAAUAUGCUAAAUUGUAGAAUGGGUUAUGUCAGAAUUCACACUUGCAAUUUGCACAUUCAAUGAGAAAUGUACCUGUACAGUAAAUUGCGGGGAAACUAUUCUAGAUUAAUUACAUCAAUAUGCCCUUCACAUGUCAUAAAGAUAGGGCAGAAUUCAAACCAUAACAAAAUGUGUGAAAGGUGUUCUAACCAGAUGUGAAUUAAAUCUGAACUGUACUAGUAAUAUGCAUGUACCAAACUACAAUUCAUUUGAGCAACUAGUAUAUUUGGAAUACGAUACGUCACAUGUUUCAGUUUUGUGAUACAGCCUCCACUAGUGAGAGCCGGUCGUCUUUUCUUACCACUUAUAUGAAAACUACCUGUAGACCAAAACAGUGUUGAACCAAUGGUAUUCUAAAUAAGAAACUGUUUAAUAUACAUGGAUUCCAAUCCAGUCUGUGAAUAUCAGUGGGACAAAAUUUAACAGACAUUACUUGGCACAUUACACUUUGGAAUAAUGCUAUAUAUAAAAUGUAGGUUUUUUGGAAAAUAUGGCUGCUAGUCGGUCAUUUUGAAGAGAAGAAUUAGAGCAUCAUGUGACAACUACCGCAUGUACCCAGUUUGGAGACAUUUGGUUAAUGACCCAGUGAGAAAAUGGGGAGCAAACAUUCAGCAUGAUGGGUCCCUGUCCAGUUGAUGGCUAAUAAAUAGACUUCACUAUUA